AUGCAUCUUCCCUACGCUCUUGUGGUCACCACUCUUCUCUCGCUCUCGUGGGCGCUUGUCUUCCCUGAGGCUGUCACUUUCCAGAAACGUCAAAGCAUUCAGCCUGGCACUCCACUGUACGAAUGCCACGCGAACUGUGGUAUGAGUCUUACAACUCACCUAGGCUUGAUCUUGUCCAUUUCGACUAGCGAGCUGAUUCCUUUCACAGGUGGUGUCAUCGCAAUCUCCCGGUCCCCGAAUUACUGCUCCAAUUCGACCUUCAUCUCUGAACUCCACGCAUGUCUUGAAUGUGCCUUGACCUACAACAUCUGGCAGUAUUACGGAGGCGAUGUGACCACCGCGGCUAAGAACUGCGGCGAUGAUGCAACUCCAAGUCCGUCGUCCGCUGUCUCAACAGCUGCUUCGACUGCGACAUCUGCUUCACCGGGUAGCAGCACUGGAGGCGCCUUUGCGAAACCGACAUCAUCAGCCUCAAACGCCACUAGUACCAACGCGAGCUCAGCAUCUGAUACCCCUGCAGGAACGGCCGGUACUGCUUCAUCAACGGCGAAAGCACAGCCAACCACAGCUGCUGCCUUUAGCUCUGGAAACUGUGUCGGAUGGCCUAUGUCCAUAAUAAUUCCAACCUUGGCAGUCUUCAUCCAAUUGUUCCACUAA